AUGGCGUACGCUUUAGAAUCCAAGCACGAGCUACUACAGCAGUUUGUCGGAAAGACGCUGCAUGACGUGCCGACCCCAUCGCCGUUGCUGGACCUGGCCAAGGUCGAGGUCAAUUGCGAACGGAUGCUCCAGGCUAUCAAGCGGCUGGAUCUAGGAUGGCGACCGCACAUCAAGACCCACAAGACGAUUGAGCUCACGAGGCGGCAAGUUGGAGAUGCCGACACGACUCCCGCCAACAUUGUCGUCUCGACCAUCCUCGAAGCGGAAAAGGUCGUGCCCCUUCUGCAGGAGUACCAACAAAGAGGUCGCGAAGUAAAUGUACUCUACUCAUUUCCCCUCUUCCCUUCAGCAGUCGACCGCCUCAGCAGCAUCUCCACGCAGCUCGGGGCCGGAGGACUGGCCCUGAUGAUCGACCAUCCAGACCAACUCCAACAUGUCGCAGCCAUCCAAACUAAGACGGGCUUCCCGCCGCUGGUCUUCAUGAAAGUAGAUAUGGGUUACCGGCGCUCAGGCGUGGUCCCUGGCACGACCGAGUGCGAGACGCUCAUCGAACAGCUCCUCGCUAAUGAGACAGAGGGCAAGUGUGUGUUCCACGGCAUCUAUGCUCAUGCGGGCCACUCCUACGAGACCCGCGAGGACUGGAAAGCGCUGGAUCACCUGGCGGCCGAGUUCAAGGCUCUGGAAGAGGUGGCCGCGUCGAUUGUCUCAAAGCUCCCGGGGCACACCCUGACUCUGUCUGUGGGAGCAUCCCCAACUGCGACCAGUCUCCAACACCCUGACCUAGACGGCAAGACACCAGACAGCUCUAGCAGCUCGGUGGCAUCCAUCAACCGCUUCCUCCGGGAUCUCAAGGCACUGGGCUACAAACUGGAAGUACACGCCGGCGUAUAUCCCACACUGGACCUACAACAGCUCGCAACGCACGCCCGCGACCACACCCUCCUAUCCGCCUCCUCCAUCGCCAUAAGCAUCCUCACCGAAGUAGCGUCCCUGUACCCCAGCCGCGGCCCCGAGGGGACCACCGAGGCCCUCAUCAACGCCGGAUGCCUAGCGUUGGGUCGCGAGCCCUGCGCUGACCUGGGCUCCGAGAAGGGCCAACAUUACGCCGGCUGGGGCAUCGUUAUGCCUUGGGGGCUUGAGAACCCAGCCCCGGGCGAGGGCUUCCCGGCGAAGCACGGAGGUUGGCAGGUUGGAAAAGUGAGUCAGGAACAUGGCAUCCUGCGGUGGCGGAGCGAGCCGCUGGACGAGAUUCCGCUGAAGGUUGGGCAGAGGCUCAGAAUCUGGCCGAACCACUCCUGCAUCGCGGGAGCUGGAUUUGACAAGUACUUUGUGGUGGAUAGCCGGAGGUUAGGCAAAGAGGAUGAUAUUGUUGAUGUAUGGCCGCGCUGGAACGGGUGGUGA